AUGAGUAGUCUCGCCGAUCCUCCGUCUAGAAACACUGGGAUCUCUGGUGUUACAGAUGCACCAGGCAAGACACGAAAGCUCCCCGUCCUUUCCUCCUCCGUGCCUUCUUCGUCUGCACCCUCGACGAGUGAUCCCAUGGACGUCUCUCCACCUACUUCAGCGGCAGCGACGGGCGCUGCCGCUCCGAUCCACAGCAGUCCCGAUAGUGAUCGAGCAGGCGCGAACAAUACAGCUGCCUCCAAUGGCUCUGCUGAAACUGGGAACUUGAAUAACCAUGCGACACCCAAUCAGGCUAUCGGAGCUGCCGCUGCAGCUCAGCAACCCAAAGUGGUGCAAACCGCCUUCAUUCACAAGCUUUACAAUAUGCUAGAGGACCCUAGUAUUCAACAUCUGAUAUCGUGGUCCAAUACCAAUGACAGUUUUGUCAUGUCACCCACAUCUGAAUUCUCAAAAGUUCUUGCUCAAUAUUUCAAGCAUACCAACAUCUCAUCCUUCGUAAGACAACUGAACAUGUAUGGAUUUCACAAAGUAAGCGAUGUCUUCCAUACCGGAUCGCCGGAUUCUGCCUUGUGGGAGUUUAAGCACGGGAAUGGCAAUUUCAAGCGCGGUGACCUUAACGGGUUACGUGAAAUCAAACGACGAGCAUCUCGGCAUGCGCUAAUUCAUCGCGACUCUUUUCCUGGUCAUAAGGCGGCUGCUUCUCAGCCUGGUACCCCGGCUGAGCCUGUUCCAGAUGCCACGGAGGCCAGGCUGGUGAGCCUGGAACAUACCUUGUACGAUAUGCACAACCGCCUGAGUCGUGCGGAGGAAGGCAAUGCGGCACUCAAUGCCAGAUAUCAAUCCAUGGCGGAGAGCCUAGCAAGAUGCUACCAUUGGACCCAUUCGAUCUCGCGGUUCCUUCAAGGAAUGAUCCCUGAUCGUGAAGGUCUUCUGUAUAGAGAUGUAUCAAACAUGCAAGCAGAAUUGGAAAAGCAUCUUGACGCGGUGCGAGCCAUUGAACAGAACCCCGAUCCAUAUUUAUCUGUCCGACAGCCCUAUGUUCCCACCGUAUCAGUCGACCCGGGUCCGCCGCUGUCCCCGCGCCAAAUCCCUCAGGAAGAUGCUCGCCGACAGUCGAUGAUGGAUGCUUCUAGACCUAACUUAAUUCGACCCCCAGUCCCCUCACACUUGGCCGUUUCUCCUCGUCGGUAUGGCUCUAUUGGCGGGGGGAAUUCUUCGCCGGGCUACAAUCGCCCUCAGGUCCCGUCCGUCAUCCCACCACAGCCUCAUCCCCUCUCAUCCGUGUCAUCUCCACCGGGGCCCAAUCUGGCUCGUCGACAUACCUCGGCAGAUAUUCGACAGCAUGGUUGGCCGCCACCAGGUGUAUCUCCAUUCCCAUCGACUCAUCAGCCUGCGUCGGCAGCGGCUCCUUGGUCUCCGUCACCGCACCGGACUCCGACAUCGAGUGAGCAGCAAGUCCGGGAUGUUCUGGCACAGUAUGAGAUGGGAGCACCGCGACGUCUUCAAGAAACGUCCCGCAAUGCCACGCCGCCUUUCAGUUUAGAUCAAACAACCUCUACCCCCAAUGCUGACAGUGGCUGGACAUUGGGAGGACACAGAUUCCCUCGACAGGAAUCUUCCUUGCCUGCGACUCGACGUUCUAGCAUGGCUAGCAAUGUACAUUCACUGCUCAAUCCAGCCGAUACUGCUGAAAGACCGGACGAAGACCAGCAUGCGAUGGUAGAUGAUCGAAAACGGAAACGGCUGGAGUAA